GCCAGCGAGGCCGCCCCCGUUGCUAAGGAAGUGAGGUCACGGAAUAUGGCGGCUUGGAGCCGAGGGGUGUGAGGGGUUUGUGCUGCGUGGAAUCCGCGUCCAUCCAUCCCUAGGCCUGUGGCGGCGGCGCUGCGUUUCUCGCUAGCAUCAAGCGGAAGACUCAAAGCCACGAUGGCACCAGGAACCGCAGGGCUGUGAGGCAGCAGAGCGCGAGCCGGCAGGCCGGGCAGGGCAACAGAACCGAGUCGCGGACGAACCAGGUUGCCGCCAUGGAGCUGAGGGUUGGGAACCGGUACCGGCUGGGCCGGAAGAUCGGGAGUGGCUCCUUUGGGGACAUCUACUUGGGAACUGAUAUUGCUGCUGGAGAGGAGGUUGCCAUUAAGUUGGAAUGUGUGAAAACUAAACAUCCUCAGCUUCACAUCGAGAGUAAAAUCUACAAAAUGAUGCAGGGUGGAGUGGGUAUUCCCACAAUUAAGUGGUGUGGAGCUGAAGGGGACUACAAUGUAAUGGUGAUGGAGCUGUUGGGACCGAGUCUUGAAGAUCUCUUCAAUUUUUGUUCAAGAAAAUUUAGUCUCAAGACAGUUCUAUUACUUGCUGACCAAAUGAUUAGUCGAAUUGAAUAUAUUCACUCUAAGAACUUCAUCCACCGAGAUGUGAAGCCAGAUAAUUUCUUAAUGGGCCUGGGGAAGAAAGGCAAUCUUGUCUACAUAAUAGACUUUGGACUAGCAAAGAAGUAUCGAGAUGCUCGAACUCACCAACAUAUUCCAUAUCGUGAAAAUAAAAACUUAACAGGAACUGCCCGUUAUGCAUCCAUCAACACUCAUCUUGGAAUUGAGCAAUCUCGCAGAGAUGACUUGGAGUCCUUGGGCUAUGUACUGAUGUAUUUUAACCUGGGCUCCCUCCCCUGGCAGGGACUGAAAGCAGCAACAAAGAGGCAGAAAUACGAACGUAUCAGUGAAAAGAAAAUGUCUACACCCAUUGAGGUUUUGUGUAAAGGAUAUCCUUCUGAGUUUGCCACAUACUUGAAUUUCUGCCGUUCUUUGCGUUUUGAUGACAAACCGGACUAUUCCUAUCUAAGGCAAUUAUUCAGAAACCUCUUCCACCGACAAGGGUUCUCCUAUGACUAUGUAUUUGACUGGAACAUGCUGAAAUUUGGUGCAAGCAGAGCAGCUGAAGAUUCUGAACGUGAAAGGCGAGAACGAGAGGAAAGAAUGAGACAUACACGAAAUCCAGCUGUGCGUGGAAUACCCUCCACUGCUUCUGGCAGGCUGAGAGGAGCACAAGAUGUAGCUCCUCCUACUCCUCUUACGCCAACUUCACAUGCUGCCAACACCUCUCCUCGGCCAGUGUCUGGUAUGGAACGAGAAAGGAAAGUGAGUAUGAGAUUGCAUCGUGGUGCCCCAGUCAAUAUCUCAUCGUCUGACUUAACAGGCAGACAAGAUACCUCUCGCAUGUCAACUUCACAGAAUAGCAUUCCUUUCGAACACCAUGGCAAGUAGCUGCUCGUCUCCUUUCGUUGGAAGGCAGCACUGGGGAUGUUCACACAGCAGUGUGUCAUCCAUUCAAAACUAGAUCUGCUUCAGAACAAUAAAACCAAAAUACUUACAUGAAGACUUAAUUAACUGUAUUACUCAAAUGAGGCUCUGCCUUGUCAUGAAUGGAAUGUUCUACUACAGACGUAUCUGCUUUUCACUGUUUUAUAUUCUUCUCUAUUCCUUAUGAGCUGUCGCUUAAAAAAUACUCAAAUCUAUAUUUUUAAAAUGUUCACAUACUAAUGAGAAUAGUUUGAACAUGAACAUCUCAAAGGUAGACAGACUUGGAUUUGGAUAUUUAAAACUCCUUUCCACUUGUCAGUGCAGUAGAAGUUUUUGCCUUUCUGUGUGCAGCUUUUGGCUUUUUAGUCUGUUCUGCUUUUGGCAAUAACAGGUUUCAUCAGGGAAAUAACAAGUUUCAGUUGGAAUCUGAACCUUAAUGGCUGAAGGAUGCUUUCUUAAGUAUUUCAGGAGCUUCGUUGCUUUGCUUCUUAUUAAAAGGCUAUGAGAUUUUUCUGUUCUUAAUAAAUUCUGUUUUAUAACUGUCUGCUGCCUCAUUUUCUCUGUAAAGCCUAAGCUUGCACUAAUCCUGUAUCUCUAGUUGGUGAAGAAUCCUGCUAUUCCUUUUCAGUUUUCUCCUCCUGCUUUGUGUGCUUGGCUGACUGUGCACAAGCUGCUUCGUAAACAGAUUGUAACAUUAAAAAGAUCCAACUGUAAAUGGCAGCUUCACAAUUUAAAGUUCAAUUAUCAGACCUUAGUCAAAAAUUAAAAAUGAAAAAAUAAAAAAAUGCGAAAAGGCAAACCUAAAGCUUUGCAUUGGAAAGCUUGUGUGUGGGAGAUGUGCGGAUUCCAGUCUGCUCAGGGUUGUGUCUGCACUGGUUGCCCUGUACUGUGUGUCUUCCUAUUUGCAGCUGUUUGAAAUUAAUGCUGAAUACUGGUUUGGCUACUGAGAUGUUUCUCACUUCUUAAAUUGCAGCAAUGUGUGGUUGGUUUUCACUUUCACAGUGAAAGUAUCUUUGAAAUAAUGUUACACUGUUACUGAAAUAGGUCAAGCUAUGGAAAUAAAUGAAAUAUCUUUUAACACAGUGUCCUAUGAAAAAAGAAAAGCCAUUGAAAAUCAUUUAAGUUGUUUUUUGUGUGUGUUUUGGUUGGGGGGGGUGUUUUGUGGGUUUUUUUUUUGUUUGGUUGGUUGGUUUAUUGUUAUGGGGUUUUUUUGUUUUGGUUUUUUUAUUUUUUUGAUUUACUGGAAUUUUUUUCCUCUUAAAACUAAAUUAUUCACUGAGUCUGUUUUAUACAUUGGUAGUGUUUUCAUCUGGUUUGUUCUUUCUUCUGUGCACGUUUAUGCUCUGUUUACUUUUCUUCAAAACAUACCCUCUGUCUGGAAAGAUGAAUUUUCCAUGUUAACUUCUAAUAAAGGAUGAAAAUGCAGGGAACUUCAUGUAGCUACGGUGGGUGUCAAACAUUGUGUAGCUCCUUGGAUUUUAAAUUGAUAUGCUUACUUUUGGCAAUGAAUUAUUUAAAAGUACAUUGAGAGCCACUUGAAUGUUAACUGGGAGGAUAUGUGCUGAUGUUGUCUUGUUUUUUGGCUUUGGUAGAUUCCUCCUCGGGUAACUACCAGUGUUCUCCAGUCUGCUGUGCACCGAUGAAAAUUACUUUGCCAUGGAGGGCAGACAAUGCAUGGCUGAUCUCCUAUGUUACCAAUGGCUUUACUAGCAAAAAUACCCUAAACUAGAGUGGAAACAUUACAAUUGGAGUUCUCCAUGUGACUUAAAAGGCACUUGGAGGAACAUGGACAGCAGCUGCCAUUGCAGGACGCUUUUGCCAGAAACCCAAUGACCUUAAGAGAACCCUGUGGUAACAGGGCUGGAAAAGAAAGAUGGUUUACAAAGUUGACCGCCUGUUAUCGGAUGGCCAUUUCAGUUUUCCCUCCACAGGCGGCAGACUUUACUCCCUUUUUAUUAUUCUACUGUAACUAUAAAUCUUUUACUUGGUUUAGAAAGGUUUUUUGUAUAAUUUUGCUAAAAUUAUUGGCUUAAUUCUCUGUAAAGAACUCCUUGCUUUUGUCUGAUUUAAAAAUGUAGAAUAUAAACAAACCUAAAUUAAAGAUGAUGACUUGAAAUUUCUUGUUUAAAAAAAAAAUUAGUCUGGCAGGGAACAUGUAAAUGAAUCAAAACUAUGUGACUUUAUUUAAACUGUUUGCUUGUUUCUGUGGUCCCAUUCUGACUGAGAUGGUUUUCUCAUGAAAAUUUAAAAACUGUUAGAAUUUUACUUUGUUGUUUGCUGUCUUCAUUCACACUUAACAUUUAACUUUCAUGUUACGCAAAGGAAUUUUUAAGUAUUCGUUCCUUUUCAUGAAAGAGGAGAACUAAAUACCCUGCAGGAGAGUCUAAGUAUAGCAGAGAUGGUAAUAAUGGAUUGAUUUUUUUUUUUUUUUUUUUUUUUUUUUAAUACAGUAUAUGAAGGACAAAGUAAAAAACUCUGGCAUUUGAGGGAUUUAGAAUUUGAAAGCUUGUCCAGUGUCUCCGCUUAUUUUGGGUAAACGGAUAGUUUCAAACUUGGUUUUUGCUGGUAAAAUUUUGCUUCCUGCACUCAGGCUGGUUAGCUUGGAGGGUAUUGCAAGUCAAAAAUAAAUGUUGCUACUGAGUCUUCAGUGAAUUUGCACGUUUCAUUCUUCAUCUACAUGUUUAAAAUUAAAUAGUUUCACGCCUUCUGUUUCAUGUCAAGACUCAAAAAAUAAAUUAUUUUUAAAAAGCGAACAAACAAAGCAACCCAUUCUUGCUGUGAAAUCCUGAGAAUUUUUACAAUUCAGAUGCAUGCCAUAUUUAAUUCUUAACUGUAUUCAACCUGAAUAUACCCAGAAUUACUAGCUAGGAAUGAAUGAUUCAAGAUGCUUAGGUAAUCCAAAAAACUGUUAGAGGUGUUGUUAGCACCUGUUCCUUAUAGAAUGUGGGACAUUAUUCAUAUUGUUCAUUACUGUAAAUGGUCCAUAAAAUACACCCUAAACGGUCUCAUAAAAGUACGUAUUCUGUCCUCAGAGUACUUGGAGUAGUAUCAGAAGUACUGUUUAUAUGACUAUGACUGAAGUACUUAGAAGUUCCAGGUUGGAAAUGAAAGUAUAUAUGGAGAUUUUGUUUGAACAGCUGGGUAUUUUGAAGGGGAAGGGGAAGGGAGGGGGGGAACAAACCCACAAAAUGAAAACAAACAAUUAUUUUUGUAAGGCCUGUUGGUCUUCAAAGUUUUAUGAUGAGUAAUUUUUAUUGUUUUGGUGUUUACAAAUUCUUUUCUGCCCCUCUCAAAAGUCCACAUAUUAAAUAUUAGUAACAUCAGCUGCUCAUUUGUAUGUAUUCUGGGUGUGACUCGGGAAACCUGUGUUUGGGGAGAGUAUAAUGGAAAAGCUUAAGAGUUUGAUCCAUGGAUAAGUUUGUGUAAGGUAAUUAUUUCCUCAGUUAUUAUAAACUUCAAUAUUUUAGGCUUGUGCACUACCAGUUGGGCAGUUUUACACUUCACUGUGCUUUCUUUGUAAAUAUCUGUGGUUAAUAACGUACUGUUAGAGGAACUUACAAAGGCAGCCUCUUCUCUCUGUAUCUGGAAAAUUAGAUUGCUGUACUAUACUUAAAAGUUGACUGCAGACUUCUAGAACUGUACUCAUGGGCAAUUUUUGUCCUUCAUAAUAGUUAAAUUUCAUCAUGCAGAAAAUAGUUAGACUGUCUAUAUAAACCUCUGUAUUGGAAA